UCUCGGUCCUUUUUCUUUCUUUUCUUCUUUCAAGCGCGUUGAAUAUCAUUCCUAUCUACCAGUUUGCCUUUCUAUGUCCUUCCUUUUAAGUUCAUAUUAUUCAAUUUUCUUUUUUAAUAUACUAACCCUCAUUUCCCUUCAUUGUCAAUUCCUUCCGCUACCCUCCCUUUUUAAAUUCAAUUGGCUGUCACCAGCAUCUAGGUCCUCCAGUUCUUACAUGCAUAUUAGGCGCCAGUGAACGAUCAGUACCCCUGUGUACUGCGCGACUGGAUAUCUCUAGUACCUGAGUAAACACUGUGUGGCAAAUAUCACGCAUGAACUGUCGCUCAUCUACUCCCUCGAAACUUCACAAUGAGAUGCGGCUUUAGGUUAGCAUUAUGCGCAUGCCUACUACUCAUCGUCCCACUAUACCUAUUAAAACUCCACCUAGAGGAGAUCUGCAGCCAGUAUCGCGCAGGCGCAUACUUAAUAGAUUGGCUGAACUCCAAGAUUCCCCACCAUGAGGGCUUAUCCCACUACCACGCAAAACUGGGAGACAAAGUGAUUGUGAUGGCCAGACUGGAGGAAGAACCCACCGAAUGGGUCGAGCAAGAACUUCCUGACUGGCAACGUGCGAUUUACAUUGUCAACCCCUCGAAUAAAACCAAAGCAGACAAACACAAACUGAAAACCGCCCUCAACAAGGGCCACGAAUCUAUGGCCUACCUCACGUAUCUGAUUGACCAUUAUGACAACCUUCCUUCCACAAUCGCUUUCCUCCACGCCCACCGCGCCGGCUUCUUCAUGGCCUGGCAUGUCGAUGCGCCUUUGCACGAUAACGUAGCAGCGAUGCGCGCUCUACAGCUUGAUUUCAUUCAACAGAACGGUUACGUCAACCUCCGUUGCAAUUGGAACCCCGGGUGCAAGGAGGAACACCGCAUGAAUCGCCAUGUAACGCAACAGGUCUGGGAAGAAGUAUUCGAAGGGACCAGCACCCCACCUCUAAACACAACCACUUCACCCGCCAUCACAGACGACCCCUCGUCAGAGAACCGUCAAACUCAGAAAUUCCUCCAAGCGCCCCAACUCGUCGGUGCAGCAUGCUGCGCGCAGUUCGCUGUGUCACGCGAACAGGUCCUGAAACGACCCCGAGAAGACUACAUCAAGUUCCGCCAAUGGGUCAUCGACACAGAAAAAGAUGACGCCAGUAGCGGACGAGUCAUGGAGUUCCUCUGGCAUGUCAUAUUCGGCAAGGAGUCCGUAUACUGUCCGGACGAGGAACUCUGCUACUGCCAAGUAUACGGCAAAUGUUAGGACAUUCCCGUUCCUAAGAUAUAUAUAUAUAUAUAUAUAUACUGUACACC